UGUGGCUGGAGUACCUAGGCAGUGAACCGAAUCUCCGAAGAGACGCUGAGGCUGAGCUGCUCUUCUGCUCUGGCUCAGUUCUCCGCUGACUUGAGAGAGCGCACUGGUCAGGACUCCUCCCGAGGAGCUGCUGUGUAUUCGUGCCUAGACAGAGUGACUACCCUCUGGGAAACAGCUCUUCCCAUGGAUCUUCGCCCACCUGGAAUUGGACUCCGGACUGGGCGCUGGGAUGCUUGCUUUUGUCUUGUCCAAGUUUCACACCACGUAUGUUGAAGAUUGGAAUCCUGGGCCAAUCAAGAGGCAAGUUCAUAGUGGUACCCCUGAGCUCUGCAUCCCACACUUCAAAUCCAGUCUGAGUCUGCAAGAGAGGGAUCUGUUGCUCUCUAAUUAGUGGAUCUCCAUCCCAGAACUGGACUAAACUGAUAUUUGGACUGCAGUGGCUACAGGGUUCUCCUUGAGAUGGAUGGUGGGGUCCUCUGAACACCAGACCACAACACACAGAACUUCCACAAUGGACAGAGUUUAUGAAAUUCCUGAGGAGCCAAAUGUGGAUCCAGUUUCACCUCUGGAGGAAGAUGUCAUCCGUGGGGCCAACCCACGCUUUACAUUUCCAUUUGGUAUCCUCUUCUCCACCUUUUUGUAUUGUGGGGAAGCUGCAUCUGCCUUGUACAUGGUUAGAAUCUAUCGAAAGAAUAAUGAAACCUACUGGAUGAUGUAUACCUUUUUCUUCUUUAUGUUUUCAUCCAUUAUGGUCCAGUUGACCCUCAUUUUUGUCCACAGAGAUCUGGCAAAGGAUAAACCACUAUCAUUAUUUAUGCAUCUAAUUCUUUUGGGACCUGUUAUCAGAUGUUUGGAGGCCAUGAUUAAGUAUCUCAUGCUGUGGAAGAAAGAGGGGCAGGAGGAGCCCUAUGUCAGCCUCACCAGAAAGAAGAUGCUAAUAGAUAAAGAGGAAGUGCUGAUAGAAUGGGAGGUGGGCCACUCCAUCCGGACCCUGGCUAUGCACCGCAAUGCCUACAAACGUAUGUCGCAGAUCCAAGCCUUCCUGGGCUCAGUGCCCCAGCUGACCUAUCAGCUCUAUGUGACUCUGAUCUCUGCAGAGGUCCCCCUGGGUAGAGCUGUGCUAAUGGUUUUUUCUCUGGUAUCUGUCACCUAUGGGGCUACCCUCUGCAAUAUGUUGGCUAUCCAGAUCAAGUAUGAUGACUACAAGAUUCGCCUUGGGCCACUAGAAGUCCUUUGCAUUACCAUCUGGCGGACAUUGGAGAUCACGUCUCGCCUCGUGAUUCUGGUGCUCUUCUCAGCCACCUUGAAAUUAAAGGCUGUGCCCUUCUUAGUGCUUAACUUCCUGAUCAUCCUCUUUGAACCUUGGAUUAAGUUCUGGAGGAGUGGUGCCCAGAUGCCCAAUAACAUUGAGAAAAAUUUCAGCCGGGUUGGCACCCUAGUGGUGCUGAUUUCAAUCACUGUCCUGUAUGCUGGCAUCAACUUCUCUUGCUGGUCAGCCUUGCAAUUAAGGUUGGCAGACAGAGACCUUGUUGACAAAGGUCAGAAUUGGGGACACAUGGGCCUGCACUAUAGUGUGAGGUUGGUAGAGAAUGUGAUCAUGGUCUUAGUUUUUAAGUUCUUUGGAGUGAAAGUGUUACUGAAUUACUGUCAUUCCUUGAUUGCUGUGCAACUCAUCAUUGCGUAUCUUAUUUCCAUUGGCUUCAUGUUGCUUUUCUUCCAGUACCUGCAUCCAUUGCGUUCACUCUUUACCCACAAUGUAAUAGACUACCUCCACUGUGUCUGCUGCCACCGGAUCCCUCAGGGCAGGGCUGAGAACUCGGAGCCAUCAUUUGAGGCUGAAACAAGACAAAGCGUUGUGUGAUUCUAUCUUCUGGGUAUUUGGGGAUGGGUUAGUGGUUGCCAAAAGCAACUGUGAAAUUGAAGGACAGUGUAAGGCUCAUGUAUGACUGCCUACCAGGACAUUUUCUUGGUUUUUUUUUUUUGGCAAGUCUAUCAGAAGAAAGAGCCAUUCCCAAAUAGGUUUAUUGCUAUGUUUGGCACCAGGGGUAUCUACUAUAUAAUUGGAAGGGCCAGAGAUACUGUUCACAUCCCUCCUACCCAGUUCACUUAGUAUAACAUGGCUCCAGGAACUUUGGGAUCUCUGUGGCACUCUGGCUCUGCUCAUUUGCUUGAGACAAGCUGAAGGCGGAGAAUUCCACCAGAGGAUGUGAUGGCUUACUACCUAGGUAUACCUCCCAGGAACAGUCUGACUGAUGUGGAACCUGUAACUGUGAAUGUUGACUGGGGCCUUUUCAUUCCAUUGAGAGGCUCUGACUAAGAAUAAAAUCCCCUUUAUUAAAAGAGCUGCUCUUUAAAUGAAUUAACUCUCCAUUAGGAUUUUAUUAGUAAUCAUUCAGCAAAGAUUGCUCUCCUCAGCAGUCCUUUGCAGAUAUACUCCAAGAAAGGAGUACCAAGUAGGAUUCCUUCAGGGUAUAAGCUAAAAAUGACUCCUUUUCUCAGGGACCUACAUAAGCCUCCAGCUUGUCAAGUGAAAUGGCUGAGUGAAAUCUCUCACUUAGUGCCUCUUUAACAGGGAGUCCCACCCACUCAGCUUUUCUGUGCUCUUGGUAUUUUACUACUUGAUUUGGAUAUCAGGGAAACUGAACUGUAAUUGAAAAUGUUUGUGAUGUGUGGAAAGAAGGGAAGAUUGCUUUGUGGCUGCUAUUGUCCUGUGUAUUUCAUUGACUUGAUAUUUUAGGGGUGAGAGAAAGUAAUAAUGACUGGGAUGUCACCUUCAUAUUUUGGGAGGUCGGAGUGGGUAGCCAACACUCCAAGGUGGUGUGAAGGCAGAGGAGGGAAAUCAGAUUGUAUUAACUCAUUACUGGUACUAGUUUCUGCCUACAGGAUUUUACUUUCUAAUAAGGACCAUAUAUUUGUCAACCCUCUGCUCAUUCCUACACUCCCAAUAGAUGAAUAUGUUUCUCCCUUUCUCAGGUAUCUCAAUGUUUACUUCUCAUUAUCAGUUGGGUAUUUUGAUUGGAAUAUCAGUCAGAUGCCUCUAAAGGCUACCAAGGAAUUAAGGUUACUAUGCCAACUGUGGAUUGUGACUAAGUAUCCUCACAUUUACUUAACUAAUGUUUACCCUUCAUAGACCAGGAAAGUGAGAACUCCUUGUAGUGUGUACCAAUUGUGGCCACAGUAAUGCUUCCAGGAAUUGUAAACAGUCUGACUUCAGGCUUCCAAAUCCUACCCAAUUUUACUUUGAGGGUCAUGCUAAGAAUUAAUCUUUAGCUAUUUGU